AUGGAGAAGGCUGACAUCAGUACUAGAAUAAGAGGGAAAGUUGCGGAAGUAUUGGUCGAGGAAGCGAUGUCUAGUGAAGAGAGCUGCGUGGGGGAAGCCGAAAGUGGAAAAACAAAGAUUGUUGGAUAUAAAAUAAAGCGACUGUCAUGGGUGAGCGGGAAGUUGAGGAAAGUUAAAGCGUUUUUAGACAAGACCAUGAGAGAAGGCCAAACUCAAAGGGCGCGGGAUAGAGCUCUCCCACGAACAGACCACGAAGUGGAAUCGUCAACGUUGCCCCCUAAGGAUUUCCCAGAUUGGGCAAUUCAGUCCUCGGAAUGA